AUGUUCUUCUCUUCUGCGAGAAAGCAGAACGAAACUGAAUCGGCUGCAGCCGUAUCUCCAACGGGGAAGCAGACGGGCGCUGCUUCUUCUGACUCUACUACCUCUUCUGGUAUUCUCAGCAUUUUGCUUUUUAACCCAACUCUUCUUCCAGAUAAUUACACAACUCAAGAGGAGCUGGAAGCCUCUUCUUCAGAUUCAAAUCAGCCCAACGAUGAUGAAGAAGAGGAAGCCCCUGGUGAUGGAUUGUCUAGGGAGGAAAGAGAGCAAGAAGCAAAAGUUAUAUUCAGCUAUCCUCCAGAUAGAGAACCAGAAGAAAGACGCUGCCAGGCGGGUCUUCUUGAGGGUUUGUUGAUGUUUAUCAAGCCCUUCUCUCCUGGAGAGGCUCCCUUGCGUUCAAUUUGCACAGAGAAAUAUAUCAUUGUUCUCAAAGAAGUCGAAGAAAACUACUGGCUGUCUAUGACGUUUGCUACAAAUGCUCUUUCUUGCUUUUCAACAGCCGAAGGAAGCAAUCAAAACAGCAGCUCAAUGCGCAUUGAUGAAGAUACACAAGAAGAAAUACUGUUAGGUGUGCUGUCUUCUUUUUACUCUUUCUUCCGACUGCUGCACGGAGGCUUUGAUGUUUUUAUUAAAAAACAAACAAAAAUAUAUUUGCGACAGCUCCUCAUGGAUUAUACUGAAGCCUUUUUAGAGACAGUUGAUUGCAAGAAGUUGUCUCUCUUUCACGCAAUAGCCGGCUAUCAGUUCGCACCAGUCGAUCGGCUUGCAUAUCUUUCGGUGUUUUCUUUGUCGUCUUUACUGCAGCAGAUAUAUCCUGCGAUUCUUCAUUCUUUUUUAUUGUUAAACGGCUGCCUCGUCUUCUCCUCAAUGCCGACUCCUUUAUCUGCUGCAUGCAGCAGUGAUGCCUCUGCUUCUGUGGGUUUAUCAUUAAAGGCAGAUACUUUGCUGCUGCUGUACAAUUAUCUUGUUGCUGCUGAAGGUGCUGCUGCAGCAGACAAUCGGAAGCUGCAGAUGCCGCCCUUCGGUAGACCCCCAACUGCUGCAGCGAGGCCUGGAGGCGGCAGUUCUUCGUUUGGCCGGGCGAUUUCAGAGAAAGAUAAACAAAAUGAAUUCAUCUUCGGGCCCCUCGGACAGUUUGCUUUUCUCCCCCUCGUUCACUUCGAAGAUGACUCUACAGGCGCUCUCUUAGCGAUUAUUCAUCAGCAGCUGCUGCUGGUUUUAAUUUUAAAUGAUAAAGACCCCAGGAUUGCAGAUGUUCAAUUUCUUCAUUCCAUACGAAAUGCAGCAGUGGAGGGCCCCUGCGGACUCAGAGAAUUAAACGGCUCUCUUUCUGCUGAGUUUAAGAAGACAAUUCGACAAGAAGACUCAUAUCGCUUCGUUUAUUUCAAUCAGGCGAACAGAGCCAUUCGCAUCUCCAACCGACCUUGUCCUCCUUCUUCUCCUUCUCCUGCAUAUUUUAAAGGGUUUUGUUUGUCUGAACGAGAAGUGCAGCGCGUCAGUCAUAUGCACUGCAAAUACCUUGGAUUAGCAGAAGGCCCUCCUUUCCCUUUGAGGUGUACAUACACCUCAAGAAUCAGCGAAGGUAGCUCUCCAGCAGCGGCAGAAUUGACAGGCAGCAGCACAAAACGUGCAGCAGCAGAAGAAGAGCAGCAGGAGCAGCAGCAGCAGGAGCAGCAGGAGCAGGAGCAGCAGCAGCAGGAGCAGCAGCAGCAGGAGCAGCAGCAGCAGGAGCAGCAGCAGCAGGAGCAACAGCAGCAACAGCAGGAACAGGAGCAAGGAAGUAUUGGGGUUCUUUCAGGUGUACGUACACUUGCAGUUAAAGAAGCACAUACCGGAUGGCUGAUUGGGAGCAGAAUGUGUGAAAGAGAAAAUUUUUUAGCUUUAGACGACCCCAAGACAACAUUUACAAAGGCAGUUGAAGAUGCAGCUCGGUUUAACUCUCUUCACUUCUCAAAUAUAUUUGUAUGA